UCACUAUAUAAGACUCCUCUCACUCUCUCCUUCAUUUCUUAUCUCUCUACCUCUGUUACUCCUUUCCUUGGUUAGGUCACUUGCUUCCAAUUUUUUGUUAUUCUUUUUAACCCUUUAUACACUAUUAUUGGCCGGUGCGGGUGUGAUGGAUGUGCAAGCUCAUCAAGAGGAAUUUGUGGGGUCUAAUGAUCAUCAAGCCUUGGUCAUCAAAGGCAAACGUACGAAGCGCCAAAGGCCGUCGUCCCCGUUCGGUGUCACGGUGACUUGUAGCUCCUCCAGUGCUUCAAUUGGUGGUGGAGGAGUGGCGGAGGAGUACAACUCCAUUUCCUCUCCAACGACGUCGGGUGAGGUUCAUGAGAGCACUGAGGAGGAGGAAGAUAUGGCCAAUUGCUUAAUCAUGUUGGCACAAAGUGAUGGUCCCAGGAAGAGGAUGGAUGAAGGGAAAUUCAAGGUUGGUAGCCGAAAGUUGUCUGAGAUUGCUACCACCACUAAUAAGGCCGGGUUUUUUGUUUACGAGUGUAAAACUUGUAACCGAUCUUUCCCUUCCUUUCAAGCACUGGGUGGCCAUAGGGCAAGCCACAAGAAGCCCAAGGCCACCAUGGCUGAAGACAAAAAACCACUCGUUUUAGCAGUUAAAGAUGAUAAACAUGUGGAUCAAGAACCCCAGUCUGAAACUCCCCUUCUUGCUUUACAAGUAAGCAACAACAACAGUAAGGGUUGUCAAGUGAACAAGGGUAAUAAGAUUCACGAGUGUUCAAUCUGUGGGUCGGAAUUCUCGUCGGGUCAAGCCCUUGGAGGUCACAUGAGACGGCACAGGGCAGCAGCUGCCACCACCGCAAGCAAUCAAGUUGUGGUGAGCGUUGGCAAUGGCGAUGGCAUUAAACCCAGAAAUAUUCUAUCUUUGGAUCUUAAUCUUCCUGCACCAGAAGAUGAUCUAAGGGAUUCAAAGUUCCAAUUCGGAGCACCCCAACAAGCUAUUGUUUUCUCCACACCAGCUUUGGUAGAUUGCCAUUACUAACCCCCCCCCCCAAAAAAAAAACCAGUAUAUGGAUCAAUCAAUGUGAAUUAUAAUUGAUAUUGUUUCAACCCAAUAUUAUUUACAGUUUUAUUAUUCUUUGAAUUGUUGGUGCCUUUUUUUGGGGGGUUAGAGUCCUGAAUUUUGAUGAUCUACUUGUUGAAGUUGAAUACUUUGAGUAAGUAAGUGGUUAGUGUUCAUGGUUGCCUUUCAUUCACGAAAAGUGAGUGAUUGGGGCAUCUUUUAUUUCA